GGGCACAGGUGGGUGGCACUGGUGGGCACAGGUGGGUGGGCACAGGUGGGUGGCACUGCUGGGCACAGGUGUGGCACUUCUGGGCACAGGUGUGUGACACUGCAGUGGCACAGGUGGGUGCACUGCUGGGCACAGGUGGGUGCACUGCUGGGCACAGGUGGGUGGAACUUGUGGGUGGCAUUGCUGGGCACCGAUCAUCAGGGCACUGAUCAUCAGUGCCCUGAUGAUCGGUGCCGAUCCCCGCUCUGACAACUGCCGGUUCUCGGCAGUACUUUCCUCACGAUCUGACAGCGUAAGGAAAGUGCAGCCGAGAACCGGCACUUGCAU